UUCUCACCAUAAAACUCCCAUCACCUGUAGGGAAAUAGUGAGUUUCAGUCUUUAUGAGUCUACAUGUUAUGGUAGCUCAUUGUUGGUGUGUGUGAUUAGGAAGUGGUCAGUGUGAACAUGCUUGCCAUUUGCGCUUAAGGACUUUAAUGCAGCGAUUUAGAAUGAGUAAGCAUGAAGGCUUGUUCCUAUGCAGGGAGGACGACUAGCAGCACAAAAAUAUCUUUGCAAUGCCAGGAGGCUGCAUGCUUCUGGAAAUGUGUUAAGAAUAGACCCACAAUAGGACACGCUCCUGUCUUCUGUUGUCUGGGGGCAGACAGUUGUCUGCAGGGGACAGAAAGAAGAGGUAACUCCGGAUGUUUGCACGGUUUACUUUGUUCAGACUAUUUGGGUUGAUUGGAGCUUUUCAGAAUGGAUUUUAACCUCCAAGACCUUGCUCCGUUCAGGAAUGUGUCUCUCUGCUGACCACCUGGAGAAUGGUAGCCACCAUGACCCUCGGUAAUAGGAGUAGAUGUAAAAAGGCUAURAAGUGAGGGAUUUUAUCCAUUUGGCCGACAACCGAGCAGGACGGGGAGAUUUCUGAAGACCUUGGGCGAAGCAAACAUGGUUGGAUCAGGUGCCUCAGGCUUCAUCUUUAUCUCCAUCAAUCACAGCAUCCCUUUGAUGGGAAAAGUGUGGCUCGUCGUGAUGGUCUUCGUCCGUAUCCUGGUCCUCCUCUUSGCCGGUUACCCUCUCUACCAGGACGAGCAGGACCGAUUUGUCUGUAACACGAUUCAGCCCGGCUGCGCCAACAUGUGCUACGAUCAUUUCUCUCCCGUCUCGCUCUUUCGUUUCUGGCUGGUGCAGCUCAUCUCUCUGAGCCUCCCCUUCAUCAUCUUUGUCGUCUACGUGGUCCACGAGGUGACAAAUACCCUCUCGGUGGCCCUGAGCGCCACCGGCCAAGCCAAAGCUUUUCAGCUGUUUAACGAGUCGAGCUUGAACAAGGUGCCUCUGGUGAUUGAGCAGCGAGCCGGGGCACGGUGCUUCAUGGGAGCUUACUUCCUUCACCUGCUGUUCAGGACUCUGCUGGAGGCAGGGUUCGGGGCAGCUCACUACUAUCUGUUUGGUUUCCACGUCCCCACGAGGUUUCUGUGCCAGCAGGCUCCGUGCACCACCCAGGUGGACUGCUACAUCUCCAGGCCCACGGAGAAAACCGUGAUGCUCAACUUCAUGCUCGCCGUGGCCACGCUCUCGUUUUUCCUCAAUGCUGUGGAUCUCAUUUGCGCCAUCAAACGCUUUGUGAGGCAGAAGACCAGCAGGAAGAUGAUGGUGGAGAAGAUGCUUGAAGAGGAGCGGUGUUUCCUGUCAGCUGAGGUGGCCUCAGCAGGGACAGAUCCAAACACGGGACUUGCUCAACGAGAUCCUGAUGCGCAGCCUGGGAAAACUGGGAGCUUCAGGAAGAGGCGCGGCAGCAGGGAUUCUUGUGGAGGAGGGAAACUUUGCUCUGGUCAGGAGGUGCCCACCCUGAAGAACCCGUGCUCUGUAGGAACUCCGUACUGCAGCAACAAAAACGACGACUACCCUCAAGAGGAUGUCCUGGAGAGGAAUGGUAGUGAGGUGGCUCUCUGCCCCCAGGAGCAACUAGGGACUCCAAAAUCAGUUCGAAUUAGCAAACGCAGCAGACUAAAACCUCCGCCUCCACCCAGACGAGAAGCUGGAUUAUCCUCUGCAGAGGCAGGAGMUCAAGUGGGGAGUAUUUCCACGUCCACAGCAGUGUGUACCAGGAGGGUGGGUCAGUGUGUGCUGCUGGAGCUGGGCGUUGCUCCUGAGCAGGGUAAUGAAGACGGGCAGGAGAAAAGAUCAGAGUGGGUGUGAGUUAAAGUUUGUUUCGCUUUAUUCCCAGAUUAUUUUAAUAUGGAGGAAUUAUCAAGUAAAUGUGAGAUUUUUACAAGCUUGUAAGGUGCUAUCGGAUGGCAGGGGACCAUUUAGGUUGUAUUGUUUUUUAUAUUAUCAGUACUAUUGUGGCUAUUUGAAGUCUGUACAUACUUAGCACAAAAAGUUUAGUUUAGUUUAAUAUUCAUUUCGAUUAAAAACA